AUGGAUUACUGGGGCCUGAACUCGGUGUCCACUACUAAUGCUUACCCCCUUCCACUGAUUAAAGACCUUUUGAUGGAGGUGGCCAAGGAGAAAUUUUUUACUAAACUAGAUUUGUGGGACGCUUACUUUCAAGUGUGCAUCCGGGAGGGGGAUGAGUACAAGACUGCAUUUAACACCCCUUUGGGACAGUUCAAGUAUUUAGUGAUGCCUUUUGGGCUGCAGGGGGCCCCAGGGGUCUUCAUGAACCUAAUCAAUGAAGUACUGCACCAGCACCUGUUUAAUGGGGCGCUGGUUUAUCUCGACAACAUUCUUUUACAUUCCCAAGACAUGGACUCUCAUGUAACAUUGGUGAGGGAAGUACUCGAGACCCUCUAUGAACACAAGUUAUUUGCCAAACUAUCCAAGUGUGAGUUCCAGAAGGAGGAGGCAGACUUCCUGGGCUACUGCAUUUCCCAGAGGGGGUUGGAAAUGGACCCACACAAGGUGGCUGAUGUGAUGGG